AUGUCCGAGAAACGCUCUUUGAUUGCCGUGAUCGGCGACGAAGACACUUGCACUGGAAUGCUGCUGGCCGGAGUCGGUCAAAUCUCGCCCUCUAGCCAAGAAAAGAACUUCUUCAUGUACCAGGAGGGGAAAACGACUAGGGAAGAGGUUUUGAAAGCGUUUGACGAUUUCACGCAAGAAAGAGACGACAUUGCUAUCGUGCUCAUCAACCAGCAUGUGGCAGAGAAGAUCAGAGGGCAGGUGGACAGUUUCACGGCCGCCUUUCCUGCGAUUUUGGAGAUUCCAUCAAAGGAACAUCCUUACAACCCUGAAAAGGACUCCAUCUUAAAACGGGUGCGUAGACUCUUCGGCGAAUAA